CGCCAGUAGUCCGCCAGUUGCGAAUGGAGCAAUUUCCAGCCGGGAGUGUUUGCAAUCCUGGUACUAUCCCGUGAGAAGGGCUGAAAAAGGACUGUAAAAUACCCAGUUCCCAUCUAUAGUUAUCUGUCGUGCCUGCAAGGGGCUACGGCAACUUUGGUGAUAAAGUUACAUAAACUGCGUAUACCCUCUUGUUCGGCACACAUCCAGGGUACCACACGGCAAAUAUGUCCUGCAACGAGAAGACAGCGCUUCUGGCAACGCAACAAGGACAUCAGCAGCGGCAGCAGCGGCAGCAGCAGCACAUCAUUGUCGUGCCCGCGACGGGGAAGGAUCCAAAGGAUUAUGAGCCCAUUUUCACAACUGCUGACUAUUCCUACGGACUGACGCUCGAGGAGCUCCUGCCCUUCGCUCUGGAUCCCUGGUGGCAGGCCGUACGGCGCCUCAGCUGCGGGCUCCUGGGCCUGACUUUCCUGCUGACCCUGAUUGCUGGACUGGUUAUGGCCUAUUCCGACAGUGUCUGUCUCCCAAAUAGAGCAAUUAGCAGAAACGCGACCACCACGACAACGAUGGCCACGCCACUAUCCUUGGCUCUCAACGGCUCCCAGCUGCUGAUGGCCAGUUUAUAGUGGCCGUAAGCUAAUCUGUGUAGCAUUUUGGAGAUGCCGCAAUCCACCCUGCGGAAUUGCAUCAGCCGCAUCAGCUCGCACUAUUAGCAUUUGUUUGGCUUGCCGGUAAUGGAGGCGACCUAAUCCUCCUCCUCUCUACUGUUUACCCCUACUCAAGCUGAGUGAUAAGCGAUGCACCGCGGGAUUGAUUGGUCGUGAAAUAAUUAUACUGAUUAACUUAUUUGCUACACAACCGCCUACUCGUAAAGUAAAAAGAAUGCAAAAGGUAUAAGGAAGCGUUUCCGUACCAAUUAAGAACAUUGUAUCGCAAACUUAUUAAUUUUUAUAUAUAUACAUAUAUAUAUAUGAAUAUUACUUAAAC